UAAUAAUUAAUUUUGAACAUAUAACUUGUUAAAAAGGAGGAUGUGAUGUAUUAUUAGUACGGCAUCCGUAGGAUUACGUCAUUACGUAUGUGCGUGAUGUGAGCGGGAGUUGUGUCGUUGUUCCUGACGUAUGACAUAAAGCUUUUGUUAAAAGGAUCUGUCUUCAUGCCUCCUAAAUAUAAAAGUUUUGGCGCUUGGUUACAGUUGCCAUAACAACAGGUCACUUCCCAUUUCCUACCACAGACACAACAGCGACACAACUGAACACGAAGAGUCACCUGCAGGAGUAAAACAUGGCGUUUGUUUCCCAGAGAGAGACGAGCGACACUUAUACUUUCUCCAGCCGCCCCAGAGUCGUGGAGAACGGGAGCCGAUACCGAGAAGCGCCGCCGGAGCAGCCUCACUAUGGAAACAUCAUGUACGACCGCCGCGUGGUCAGAGGGAACACCUAUGCCCAGCGCAUCCUGCCCACUACCACACAAGCGGAGUUGGCAGAGAUGCAGAGGCUGCAGGAGCAAAGGAGGAAAGCUGUGGCCCGGAGAAGAGCUCGUGAUCAGGUCCGAGUGAGGACUCCAGAGCCUCUGCAGGGCCGGCAGCACACGGACGUCCAGACUGAGCUGUACCUGGAGGAGCUGAGUAACACAGUGAUGGAGAGUGAUGUCCAGUGUCAGACAGACUCCUUUCUGGACAGACCGGUCACUCCUCUAUUUGUCCCUGCCAAAUCUGGGGUGGAUGCGGAAACUCAAAUCCAGGAAGGAGAGCUAUUUGAUUUUGACCGGGAGGUGCAGGGCCUCCUGGAGGUGCUGGUGGGAAAAGUUAUGGAGCAGUCUCUGUUGGAGGUGAUGGAGGAGGAGGAGCUGGCCUCUCUGCGCGCUCAGCAGAGAGAUUUUGAGGAAAAACGAAACGCUCAUCUGUGUGAAGUUCAGAGACUGCAGGAGCAAGAGCGGAGGCACACGGAGGAGAAGAAGAAUCGCACACAGCAGAAGGAAGUCUUGAAGAGAGAAAAGGAAAUCGCUCAGAAGAUCGCAGCUCGCGCAUACACGCAGCAGCACCUCGCCAACCUCGUCCCGUCCAUCUUCAAGUCUCUGCGGUGUCACGGCUUCUUCGUGGACACAGUGCAAACCGAUGUUGAAACUAAUUUCUUGCCCUGGCUGAUGAAAGAAGUUCACUCCACUUCGGACAAGAAAUACGCAGCUAGAUCUGUGCUGGACGAUAUAAUAAACGAGGUGAGACUGAAGCGGCUUCCUGAAGGGACAAACCCUUAGAGACAUCUAUGGAGAAAAAAUGCAUCAAGGUGCUGUAACAGGCCAAGACUCAAGACCUGAAGACCUGCAAGUGGCGAGAUUUAAUCUGUUUGUAUUUCACUAAUAAAAAAAAAAGACACAACAGCGACACAACUGAACACGAAGAGUCACCUGCAGGAGUAAAACAUGGCGUUUGUUUCCCAGAGAGAGACGAGCGACACUUAUACUUUCUCCAGCCGCCCCAGAGUCGUGGAGAACGCUCAUUUUUCAUUAGCUUGUCCAUUUUCACAGCUACAGCUGCCGCUGUUAGCUCCAACCUAGGAAUCGUUGUUUGUUUCAAAGGUGAUACUCUAGACUUGCCUAUUACGAAUGAACAGUGGGCUUCAUCUUUCUCAUUUGUGAGCCGAAGAUAUGUAACCACACCGUACCCUUGUUCACUUGCAUCUGCGAAAUGAUGCAGUUGCGCAGAUGUAACAUUUCCAAAUCCCACUGGUUUGAAACACCUGUCAACUGUGAAUCCUUGUAGCUUUGUAAGAUCCGAUAUCCAAGCCUGAGACUUCCUAGCGAGUUCUGCAGGUAUGUCCUCAUCCCAAGAGAAUUUCUUUCCACACAGUUCUUGCAAGAUCAUUUUUGCUGGGAGAAUCACUGGGGACAGAAACCCUAAGGGAUCAUAGAUUGAACUCACAAAUGACAGAAUGCCGCGCCUAGUUUCUGCCAUUGGCUUUGCAGUGAUCUUGAUUUUGAAUGCGUCAGUUUCAAUGCACCAAUUUACUCCUAAGACUCGUUCAUCAGGUAGACUGUCAUGGCAGAGAUCUAAUGCUUUGACUUCUGAUGCUUUUUCAGUUUCAGAAAUGGAGGCCAAAACAACUCUGCUAUUACUAUUCCAUUUUGUAAGGUGAAAACCUCCACUUGCACAAAGUCCCGUCAGUUCAUUUACCAUGGUGCAAGCCUCGUCCUCAUUUAAGACAGAAAGAAGACAAU